AUGAAGAAUUUACUGCUGCAACAACAGCAGAUCUUUAAUCAGACACCACAAACUCAAUAUCAACAACCUCCUUCAUCUGCAGAUAAGAGGAAUUUUACUGCUAAUUCAUUCAAUCAACAACAACAACAACAGCAGCAAUUUCAAUCGCCAGUGAAUAAUCAGGUACAGCUGCAACAAACCAAAUUAAAGAGUGAAAAACAGAAUUCAAAAAAACCCAUCAUGACUCCUUCUCAAUCAUUUUCUCAACAACCUCAACCAUUACAAAAUUCAACAAGACCAGGCUUACAAAGAAAUGCAAAUUUUAGUGGUAGUCCUAUAAGUUCUCAAUCUAUACAAACUAAUGGACAACAAGCUAUAAAUAAUAAUAAUAAUGGAAAUUCAUUACAGAAAUCAAAUAAUAAUAAUAAUCAAAAUCAACCUCAUUCUUCAAAUAAUAAUUCUCAAGGUCAUACUCCAAUAAUUGGAAAUCAACAACCUCCAAAACCACCACAACCUCAACAGCAAAUACCGCCUCAAGCACAAGGACAAGUAAUUCCACCUCAACAACAACAACAACAGCAGCCGCAACAACUACAACAACCUAAUCGAAUGAAUCAAUCUCCAAUGUAUCAACAACAACCACCACCACAAUUCAAUAAUUUUGGAAUUCCUCCAGGAGUAAAUUUGGCGAACUUGUCACCAGCUCAACGACAAAUGCUCAUGCAACAACAAAUGCAACAACAACAACAACAACAACAACAGCAACAGCCAUUACACUCACAACAACCUUUUCAACAACAAUUCCAUCCUCAACAACAAAUGCCAAAACAACAAAUCCCGCCUUCCCAACAACAACAACAAGGAAUAAUGCAACAACAACAACAAAUCCCUCAAUCAAAACCUAAUAAUAUAAACAGUUUAAAUUCAAAUGAAAUAAUACAACAACAAGAAUUAAAUACAAGAAUUAUAAAAAGAAAUUUAGGUAAUGCAGCAUCAAUGAGAGUAUUAGAUUUAAUUGAUUUUAUAACAAAUGAAAAUUUUGAAAAUUUAAAACAUAUAGAAUUUUGGCAAAGAAUUAUACCUGCUUAUUUUAUACCUAAUGCAAUUUUGAAGUUGAAUUUUAAAAAAGUGAAAGUUAAGAAUAAAGAUAAAGAUGGAAAAGAUAAAAAUGAAAAUGAAAAAGAGAGAGAUCUAAGUGAAAUAACAGGGUUAGAUUUUGAAUUUUUAAAAAAUGUAUCAACAACAUCAACAACUACACCAAAAGCAUCAACAUCAUCUUCAACUAAUCAACCUUCUUCUCCAAAUAAUGAAAACGAUCAAUUUCAUAAUUUUGAAAUAAAUAUAUCAACAAUUCCAUAUUUUUUAACAAAAUCAAUAGAAAAUUCAACAAUUUCAAAAUUUCAAAUAUUCAUAACAAAUUUAAAAUUUCAAGUUUUAAAUAAUGGAUCAGUUAUAAUUUUUGCGAAAUUAACAAUAAAUUUAAAUUAUAUUGAUAAUUCAAUCAAGCAAUUAUUGGGAAAUUUUAAAGUUUUAAUGAGUAAAGAUUUAAGAAUUGAAUGGAUUAAUAUUGAAAUUUUAAAAUAUGAAAAUUUAUUUAAUUUUGAAUCAUUAACUAAUCAAAAUAAUAAUGAUUUAAAUAAAAUUUUUGAAAAUUCAAUAACUAAUCAAAAUCAAGAAACUUUCGGAUUAGAUAAAAAUAGUAUCAAGAGUUUACAAAUUAAUGAUAUUUUUAAUUCAAUGAGACAUUUAAUUGAAUUUAGUCAUUUGAAUAAUUUACAACUGCCUCAAAGAGCAUUAGAAUUGGUAGUUAAUAGUAAUACUAACCUACCCAAUCAACAACAACAACCACCAACCAAUGGACAACAACCAAUAAGGAAUCAACCACCUCAGAAUAAGAAAUAG